GUUGAUGGUCACAACAUUGUUCCAUGUUGGCAAGCUUCUCCAAAGUUAGAGUAUGGUGCGCGAACUAUUAGACCUAAAAUCCACAACCAGUUGAAAGGCUUUCUUACAGAAUUUCCACCAGUAAUUAAGCAUCCUCAUACUGCUUCAGACAAAACUAAAAAGGUGAAUAUUUUAAUUAAAUAUCCUUUAAUGAACUCUUUUGACUGGUGGAUGGUUUUGCAUCUCAGUUCUAGGCAGUUUUUCCAAACAGAAAACACUUCCGGAAAGUGAUGGGCAGAAUUUUGACACAGGGAAGCACUUGAAACUAAGGGUAAGGGGACCAAGAGAGAAGCCCUUCUUUGGGGAGACAAGAUCGAGUGGUACAGGGAGUAGCCUUCCUGGUCAAAAGUCCUGAUCAGUCUCUGGGGGGUGAGGCCCAUAUUCCCUUGUCACUAGGAACUAAAGGGAGCCAGGAGCGGGGGGCCAUCCCGGGUGAGAAAAGAUGAAAAUUGUGGUACCAGGGAUAGUCAUGAGGGUCAAGAGUCCUGAUCAGUCUCCAGGGUUGAGGCCCUCCUGAUCAAGCCUGAAUUUUUUAAGGUUCUUUUUCUACUGCUUUAGGUUGCUCAUCCUACUGUAAAGGUCAUGUUCACUUUCACAGUAUAGCACCAUAUGUACCGAAGGACUCCCAGCUCUCUUGCCAGGAAUUUUAGACAUCAAAAUAUACCGUAUUUAUUCGACUAUAAGCCGAGCGAUUUUUACACAAAUCAAAACUGAAUUGAAUUAAAAUUUGGGCUCUAGAGGGGUCUCGGCUUAUAGCCGAAAGUUUUUUGAAAAAAAAUUUUUUCCCGGCGCAUGGAAACUCUACUAAAUCGAGAUGUAUUUACGUAUAAGCCAAGCUAAAGUAAAGAAACACAAUAUGCAAUCGUUGGUUCCGAAAAUGUUAGGUUUUCCGUAGUUAACAAUUCAGUCUUGUAAUAAUGAAUGGGUCUCGCUUAUAGCCGGGUGUUUUCGAUUUAUUUUUGGUUCUCGUUAUGCCAAGUCUACACGUUCAAAGUUUGGGGUCUCGGCUUAUAGCCAAGAUCGGCUUAUAGUCGAAUAAAUACGGUAAUUUUUAUAGUGUAAACUGUGAUGAUGUUCAUUUUAUGACACUAUUAUUAAUAUUUAUUGUUUAAUAAACCAGACUGACUGGAAAGCAGUUGAUAAAUUCAUUGAAGUUGAUCGUGAUGUUAAGGAAGUGGACUGGGCUCAACCUGGGACCAAGGCAGGGCUGGAAAUGUUGGAAUCAUUCUGCAAUGAAAGACUGAAGUAUUUUGCUGAUGACAGAAACAAUCCAACAAAGAAAGCUUUGAGCGACUUAUCACCUUGGUUUCAUGCAGGUAUUGCUACUGUUUCAUAGUGGUAUUAGAGGAUUUAUCCUGUAAAUCCAGUUAAAAUCCCCCCUGACACCCCUGGAUGGCAAGAAUCCAACAACAAAAAUGUUUACAUGGUGUGUCACCUUGUUUUCAUGCAGGUAUUGCUAUUUUUUUAUAUUAAUAUUAGGAUUUAUAUCCUGCAUUGUGGCAAUAGCAUAUUCCAGGAAAAAGAAAACUCUCUUCCCCCACCCCAUCUCAGGAUGGCAAAGUUCUUUUUAUCCCCUCUCUCCUGGCCACACCCUUUUUAGCGGCCAGGCACCAGUCAGUCCCUUCUGACAAAUUGCGAGUAAAGUCAGUGUGGAGGGAAAAGCCUUAAGCGACUUUUGAAGGACUACUAAAUUCUCCUUCCAACUAGGCCAUUUUUGAGUUCCCCCGGGCCUCUGUAUCAAAAUGAGGUUAAGUGCUCAGCCUUUGAUAUAGAAAUGCUUUUUCAUUCUCAUGCAAAUAAAACUCAUUGUCACAAGAAAGGUUGUGCACUUGGCCUCAAUUUGAAAGUGAGGGUUUUUUGGAACUCAGAAGUGGUCUAGUGUGUUGCAUUUGCUUGUGAAACGUAAGGAGAAUUUAACAUAACAUUAAAAGUAACAAUGCCUUGUUCCAUGCGUCACUGUUAGAGUUAUAGGACCAAGACUUACUCCUGUUUUGGACAAGGACAAUGUCAGACUGUGUGACAUAAGGAGUUGGGCUUUUUAUCUUCUGCACCAUAAUUUGAUACAUUCAUGAUUUUUUAAUUAAUGGAAUGUGUAGUUUGUUGAUUUGAAUUAAUUGAAAACAAACAAACAAACAAACAAAAAACAAGCAUUUCUUUUAACUUCUUAAAGAUGCCAUGUUGCUGUUCAGGCCAGGCCUGAAGUUUUAAAACAGCAGUAGCAAAUGAAGAUUCACCCGUAACAUCUCUCAAAAAUUUAUAGUGCCACCAUUAGCUUUCCACUUUGAUCACCCGUGACAUCAAGUGAGCUCAGCCGUAACAGGUGUUAUGGGUUAUGGCCCUUAAUGACAGCUCUGCAGGCAUUACUUCACAGUACAAGACCCACUCCACAGAUGGGUGGGGCAGGAACUCUCCAUGAUAGCCUAUUAUGAGGAGGGUUUUCCUGAAAGGGGUACCUUUUUCAGCUUCCAACUUGUAUUUUCAUAGGUCAAAUGAGUGUUCAAAGAGCCAUUCUCCAAGUGCGAGAGUUCCGCAGCAGGGCUAAAGACUCUGUUGAAGCUUUUAUUGAAGAGGCUGUGAUAAGAAGAGAACUGGCAGACAACUUUUGCUUCUACAAUCAGGAAAACUACGACUCCAUUAGGGGUGCCUAUGAGUGGGCGCAGAAAAAACUUUACAAGAUCAUGCACAGGACAAGAGGGAAUAUCUUUGCACGAGAGAACAGCUGGAACAAGGCAGUAGCCAUGAUGACCUGUGGAACGCUGCCCAGGUACAACUGCAUUCACUUGUUGGUCAAAGGAGUCAACCCAUGUCCAGUGGUAAAACAAUGACAAACCAAAUUGACCAAACACCUGGCUAAAAUGUUGAUUCCUGUUAUUAAUUAAGGCCGACAUUUUUCUGAGAGCUUGAGGCUGAUCCAACCAUAUGUUUGGCUUCCCAAAAAACCUCUCUUACACUCUUUAUUAAAACAGUAAUGAGGAAUGUCUGAGGGUAGGCAACACCUGAGAGUAUGUACCCCUGUCAGUGUCCCAACAGCAUCAGUGCAUUAUCAAGAGAAAAGGUUACGAGAGUUAAUAAAAUGAUCACUGAAGGAAAAUGCUUUGAUCUUUUAUCAAAUUCUUUCAACGAAUCUGAAAGGAAAUGUAUGAUGAUCAGUCUGGAAAAUAGGUGCCUUGGGGACCAAUAUAAGAUUUGGGAAACUGUGGUACCCACCUACCCCUCCCUUACUGAAAAACAUUUUGCCCCAUGUGAGAAGCAUAGGGAAGGGGUUUUAGCAGAACUACUUCUACUACCAGCCUACCUGCUAGCUGUCAUGAAUUUUAUUUUUUUACUGUUUACAUAAGGUUUUUGGUAAAGUCUCCUCCAUUUUUCAGCUUCAGCUGGUCAAUGAAGGCAAGAUGCAUGGUUUCCUGAGGAUGUACUGGGCAAAGAAAAUUCUAGAAUGGACAAAUUCUCCUGAAGAAGCUCUGGAAAUCUCUCUAUACCUGAAUGACAAAUAUUCACUGGAUGGCACUGACGCUAAUGGCUAUGUGGGUAAGCUUAUAAAAGUAUUAUUUAUUUAUACAUCCUUAAUUCUACCUUUAGCUAGAGGAGCAUACAGGUUGAUGUACGUAAAUCUUCAUUGGACCCUGCUCUUAUAAUGAAGCAAUAUAUGAAGAGAGGGCAUCAUUUAAUGUACAUUUUAACAACUUGACCAAAGAUAGAAGAAGAAUAUAACUUGAGUAAGGGAAAUAGAAUGUGGUCCAUGGAGCAAGUGCGUUCCCCCUGGAGAACACUUGUCAAAUUCACAGCAUGAAUUGACAAAAAAAAAUGCACUUUAUUUGAGUGUCAAUGGUUUUAGCCUUAGAGUAUGUUAAUGAGGACACUAUUUUUAUGUCUGUUACUGGAGAUGGGACCACUGUGGCCAUGCAAGCCAUGCGAAGGUCUAGGUGUUUGAAGGGCAAAGGCGGUACCUUCAUUUCUCAGCUUUUAAGACCCUGAUUAUUUAUUGGUCCAGCCCCAUGAAUUGUACCCAUGACCUCUUGCUCUGCACUCAAGCACUCUACCAACUGAGCUUAUCUUGCUGCAGUGCGGAGCAAGUUCUAGGCAGAUAAACCUCUCCUUUCUUAAGUGUAGUGCAUCUCAAGACUCUUCAGGAAAAAAAAAGCUCUGCAAAAGUUUGUAAAAUUUUAUGGUACAUGGAAUUGCAUUAUUUUUAUAUCCCUCUUUUCGAGUGGUGUCAUUUAGAUUCAAGUCUUGAGUAGGGUGGUACCUACAGGUGCUUGUAUUUGUUAUACACAGAGGAUCAGGGUCUUACAGCCUACUGCACCAACCCCUCCCAUCCUUCCAUAACACUGCAGUGCAAAGUUGAUUGCUUUCUUCACAUUAUUGCAGGCUGCAUGUGGUCUGUUUGUGGAGUACAUGAUCAAGGUUGGAAAGAGAGGCCUGUGUUUGGAAAAAUCCGCUUCAUGAACUAUAAUGGGUGCAAGAGAAAAUUCGAUGUUGGGGAAUUUGUGAGGGGAUAUGGAGCAAGCAAAUCUAAGAAUGCAGUGGUUGUAAGUUCUGCAAAUAGGAAAAGAAAGGCAAAAUAA